AUGAUUCGAAGCCGUCAGGGCAAGAAGUGCGCGGCGGAAGUGCCGGUACGAGUACAGUCUGGAGUGCAAGUGCUUAAGCCAGUGAGUGCUUGUGCUUGUGCUUGUGCUUGUGCUUGUGCUUAAGACCGCUGAAUUGAGUGUGAGUGGCAGGUAAGAAAGGUCAGGAACCCGCUGAUCUCGAGCGAUGCAGACAAGGACUCGGCCAGGAGCGACGAGAGCAAGCAGCGGGAGGGAAGAAGCAAGAAGCAAGCAAUCGAUGGAUGGGCAGAGGAGGUGAAUAGUCUCCUCCGUCCAGCACAGAGCAGGAUGCGUUCGCUCUCCUCGCACGUCGCAGGUCGCAGCUUGCAGCGUGCCGUUGUCAGGCCCUGGGGCGACCUGAGGAGCUCGCAGCUUCAGCAGGCUGAGGCCGGAGAUGUCAGAGCGUUUCGUAUGGGGGAUGAUGCUCCAACACCGGCGUCGCGACGAGAAACAUUCGGCAGAUGCGGGCGAGAUAUUUGA